GUAUUUUUAAAAAAAGACACUAAACCUCGACUAGCGUACCCGCAGCACGUCUCUCCCCCACAGGACAGCUGCUACAGUACCCUUAGCUGUCAGACCUAACAGCGCCUUUGUCUUGUUCCUUCCCAAGCCAAGCCCGCAAACACACACAGCCUGAUAUCAGCCGCGGCGGGCGCACCUGGGAAAAAAAGAAAGAGCCUCCUAAAUAGCCCAGCUCAGCGUCAUCAUCGUGGCAAAACCGUCCUCUUUCACUCUUGGUUGUCGCAACGGCCCAGCCAACCAGCAUCGCGCGCUGCAUCACGAGACCGCGGCCCCGAAGAAGCGGCUAAUUGCAGUUCUCUCGGUCUGCUACUACUGUAACGGCUUGGCUGCCUAUCUGCUUGUUCCCGUGUUAGGGGUACACCAAGCUAGCUUAGCAUUCCUCCUGCUGAAACGGCACCUCCGGGGGGUUUAGCCACCAACGUACACUACUACCGCUAAGGCCAGCCGCAAACCUUAUCGUUCAGCGCCGGAGCCUCGCCUUACGCCGCCAAUCUCCUUCUUCCUCUUCUUUCUUCAACUCACUCAAUCGCUCACUCACUCACUCACUCGCCGCAAACCUCCCAACGCGGCUGCUGCUGCUGCUGCUGCUCACCCGCCCCUACUCACUCACCUCUCAGACACCAUCAUCGGCAACAGCAACCUCUUCCAUCUGCCGAGCGAUCGCCAUGGAGGGUUCACCCCGCGACGGCCACUCGGUCAAGCACAGGUUGCCCGUCAAUCCCCGACGUCACAAAGUGGCGCCGGACAAGCGAAAGCGAGUCACCACGGCAUGCAACAGCUGCAACGUCCGCCGCGUCAAAUGCUCCGGUCAACAGCCAUGUAACGCCUGCGCAGCAUCCAAGCGCGAAUGCGUAUAUCCUGCUGUCGUGGAAAAGGUACAGGUGGAAAAGGCCGAGUUUGAUGCCAUGCGUCGCAAGAUCGAGGUCUAUGAAAAGGCUCUCCAGGAAAUCCAGCCAGAUGCUGCCCGCCGCACAGAACUGCUGCACCAGCUCGCCGCAAGCUCGCCGGGGUCGACAGGGUCACAGACGGCGGUGAAUUCAUCACCGCAAGCCAUACACGCUAUGAUUGAUGAGAGCGAUGCUAAAGAGGCAACGGCCAAGCUGCUCUACGACGCCGACGGCACGCGGCGCUUCGUAGGCGAAACAAGCGGCCCGGCGUUCUUGGAUCGCAUCAAGGAGCUUAUUCGCGCGGCCGUAAUUGAUUCCAACGACAAACCAAAGACAUCGAUUCCAAUCGAUAGCAGCAAAUUUCUCAGCUCGCUCGGCGAGUUUCACACGUUUUCCACCAUUGCCCAGUUUGACUACGACGCCAACCCGCUAACUCUCCCGCCCAAGGAUGACCUGCAGCAUAUGCUGAAUGAGACUCGGCACGUCUUCCAGGAUGGAAACGGCUCGUGGCCAAGCGGUGGCAUCUACUGGUACGGACGUAUCAAUAAAUUUUCGAACCUCCCAAAACCUUUUGAUGUCAUUACCGCAAACGACUUGGCCAAGUUUCCCGAGGUGCCGCGGAUACAUGCAUCACUUGCCCUGCAUGUCUUUGGUUGUUGCAAGUGGCCGCAAGAGGAUACCGUUGUAGAUCGACCUGGUGAUGUUUUCUUUGCACGGGCAGCUCGUUCCUUUCAGUAUGCGCUCGACGGUAGGAAUUGUUCCGUGCAUACGAUUUCCGCACUGGCCCUCAUGGCGACAUAUUUACUCGAGGAGACGAAACGUGAUGCUGCGUACAUGCACAUCUCGUCAGCAGUGCAAAUGUGCAUUAUUCUUGGUAUCCACCGCAUGUUUAGAGACGAGUCAACAAGGCGUCUCUUUUGGACAGUCUACUGCUUGGAUAGGUGGAUUGGCUGUGUGCUUGGCCGCCCGCCCAUGAUCUCGGACGAUGCUAUUCAGGUUGGAGAGCCAGAAGAUGACCCGAAUGACCCAGACAUGCCAAACGCGGCUGGUUUACGAGCCCACAUCGCACUAUCACGCAUCUCGGGGCACGUUGUAUGCAACAUGUACCGUAUAGCUCCGUUUGACGGCAAAGAACGAAGCGAACUGGCUCAAAACCCCGCCCAGGUCCUCUGGAUGCUCGAGGAGUUUAAGCGAAAACUCCCGCCUACGCUGCAACUAGACUUCGAGGGAACCAGCAACGAUCCGGGAACGCUCAGUAUUCACAUGCGGGCCAACCAGCUCAUCAUCAUCGCCACACGACCUCUCUUCUUAAUAGCCGUCAAGAAAGCCCUUGCGGAGCGCAUGAUGCUGAAAGACAUCGCCGCCGAUCUAGGCAGACGCCUUGGGCCCUUGACACACUGCAUAGAAGCGGCCCGCCACAACUUCUUUCACACUACCCAGCUUAGCCUUGCGCGCCGAUAUACUCGACCCUCUCACCAAACGUUCCAUUACGUCUUUACUGCCACCACAUGUCUCAUCAUGGAAGACCUUGUCUAUGAUCGCAACACACGGUCUGCUGAAGAGCUUGCGAGAAAGGAUAGGGAUAUAGAUGCCGGCAUCCAUUUACUUCAAGAAGACGAGAAACACCGCCUGAUGCCACUGAAUAACAGCUGUGUUAAUACGCUGCAAGACCUUAAGGAGCUUGUCAAUCGACUCAUCACAUGGCCCGUUCAACAACAGCCACCCUCAAAAGAUUUGGACAUGACAUCAGAAGACGGAAUAGCCUCAUUGAGCCUGGACCCCGACUUUACACCGCCGUCAAAGGCCGUGCCAAAUGGUACUGUCUACGGCGAGAUUGCAACGUGGAUGGAUAACGACUGGCUCAUGCAGGACAAUUAUGUCGAGCACUAGUACGAUAAUAAAAGGGCUUAGCGUAAACUGUAGCAUUUUAGUGACUCUUUUAGCGUGAAUGAAAUAUAAUUAGUUUUCCAAAA